AUGAUCAAGGUUCUGGAUUUCAAGACUCUGCUUGAUGUAUUAUGUGCCCAUACUCCCCCGGUUUCGGUCUCUAAGCUACCUCCGAAGGUGUUUGGGUGCAUUGCUUAUGUUCAUGUCUACUCCCAUCAACAGAGUAAACUUGACCCAUGUGCUCUCUGCUGCGUCUUCAUUGGCUAUUCUACCACUCAGAAGAAUUACAAGUGCUACCACCCUCCUUCACAGAAGGGGGAGAGGGAGAGUGAAUUGAAGAAUUUCAGAAUGGAAAAUCUUAGAUGUAUAGAGGCAUCUGAAGGAAUCUCUGAUGGAGUGCUAACGACCGGUCGCCAAGCAAUCUGUGAAAAAUCGACCGGUCGCGUAGAGGAUGACGACCGGUCGCACAGCACGAAGCGUGAUGACUGCGUGGAAACGACCGGUCGCCCAGAGGAUGAGAUUGGUCGCCUAGCAAUCUGUGCAAAAUCGACCGGUUGCCCAGAAGGUGACGACCGGUCACUUGUUGAAUUCCUUGAUGAGAUUUGCCAUUUGCCAGAAGAAUGUGAUAGUGAUAUUUGUGACUCCUGUGAAGAUGAGAUCGAUAUAAGAUCCCCCUCUGCCUUGGCACCAUCCCAAUCAACUCGUGAUGAUGAUGAGCACAAGGCUGAUGAUUCCAUUGACCAUUACAAAGCAAGAUUGGUAGCAAAAGGUUAUACUAAGACCUAUGGAGUGGAUUACACGGAGACCUUUGCUCCAGUAGCAAAGCUCAAUACUGUACGUGUACUCUUGUCCUUGGCUACUAAUCAUGAUUGGCCUAUGUUACAAUUUGAUGUAAAAAAUGCAUUCCUCCAUGGUGACCUCAAGGAAGAAAUAUACAUGGAUCCUUCGCCGGGUAUCCCUGUAACCUCUAAGGAGGGUAUGGUGUGCAAACUACGGAAAUCCUUAUAUGGAUUAAAGCAGUCUCCAAGAGCUUGGUUUGGGAGGUUUGCUGCAUCUAUGAGGAAGUCUGGUUAUGUACAAAGUAAUUCAGAUCAUACCUUGUUUCUGAAGGUCACAAAGGCAGAAAUACAGAGUCUCCAGAAAUAUCUGGAGUCCGAAUUUGAGAUGAAAUCAUUAGGUGACUUGAAGUACUUUCUCGGGAUUGAAGUAGCCAGGUCUAAGCAUGGUAUUUUCUUGUCUCAAAGGAAGUAUGUUUUGGAUUUACUUGCAGAAAUUGGAAUGUUGGAUUGUAAACCAAUUGAUACUCCUAGUGAACAAAAUCACAAGUUGGGGUUAUAUCCCGAUCAAGUUCCUACUGAUAAGGAGCGCUAUCAACGGCUUGUGGGGAAAUUAAUUUAUUUAGCUCAUACACGUCCUGACAUUGCGUAUGCAUCAUUUUCUUAUCCGGAAGGACUUUGGGAAUUCCGGUUGUACCGUUGCGUAGAGCACGGUGAGAUGAGUCCGUAG